AGCCUUUGGCGAGUUUGAUUCUGAUUUGUCCUGGAGAUAUUUGUCUCUCCAACUUUUGCACUCCAUGGCGUCCUACACUGGCGGUCAGGACUUCGAGCAUUGCUUCAGCCCAAAGAGAAGAACCAAGAGCUCGUGUCCGGAUAUGACCAGUCCUUCGUGUCGAGCCAGGGAUGAUGACUGUUCCACCUGCGCACCAAGCCCAGCAAUCAGUUCAGGCUUGCCAUCGCCCUCGCCGCUGCCGAAGUUUGAGAGGUUGGCUUUGCGGCCGCAAGAGGCCCUCCGGCCAAAGGAGCUCUUCAGCGAGGCCCCUUCAUUCUGGGGCCCUGGCGCCUUCGGUCUCCUGGACUUCCCAGAGUUCCGACACUCCCGAACCGCGGACUUGGAGAGCCCGCGACCGCACACCCAGGAUUCUUUUGCACCCAUCUAUGAAGAGGACGAUGGCUUCCAUACCCCGCGGGUCAGUGGUCCACCAGACACACCUCCUCGCGCACCACGGAAGGCCUCGGCCCCUCCACUGAUGAAGGUACUUCAAGCCAACACCGAUAGUGCGGCAAUGUGCACGGCACUGCUGGAUCUUUUGGCGGAAGACCCUGAGGCUGCACGUUACCCCUUCUUCGAAAACUCCAUGGAGCCGCCCCUUUGCUGCGCUGCCAAAGCCUUUUGCAGCGCAGAGGUGAUGCGAUGUCUUCUCGAACACGGUGCCGAUGUGAAUCUUCGAGAUUCAUGGGGCCAGAGCCCUGCAGACAUCAUCAGCAGCAGGAUCCAGAGAUCAUACACUGCAUGCUUCCAAGCCCCAGCCACGGUCGCCAGCGCGAUGAAUGAGGCUGCAUUCGCGGCAUUGAAGGUGUUGAUGGACGCGGGCGCAGAGCCACCCAGGAGCAUUGAUGCUGAACCCAACGUUUGGGACAGCCUAUGUUGGCCUGCAUUCUGAGCAACACCGGAUGGAUCCGGACAUCGCUGCCUCUCUGGAGCCGUUUUCGGCCACAUUGAAACUCACUUGGACUUUGCAAACUAGGCUA